CUGCGCAGGUGAGGCUGCUGCACUGACCCACUCCACUUCCGCAGGGGCAGCGCGGGGUCCUGGGCGGGUACGCUAGGGAAGGACGUAGCGUUCCCCGCGGGCUCUGUGGGCACCGGAGUCCCUGCUCCGCUGGGCGGGGCCGAGCUGCGCCGCGCCCUGCCGCCCGCCGGAGAGCGCCCUUCCGCGGCGCCACCUGCCCGCCUCGAUCCGAGCCCGGGGGCGCCCCUCAGCCUCCUUCGCCCGGCGCUGGGGCCCCCAGCCAGUCCGGGGCGAGGGCUGCCCGCGCCGGCCGGUUCCCGCAGGCUCGAGCGGGGGGAGGGUUUGUUUUGUUUGCCUCCGAUUCUAACUCGCUGGCACUGGAGUCAGAGGCUUGAUUUUACAAACCCUGGUCAGUCGCUGAGCGCACAGCCCGGGACCCGCCCCGCUCUGCGCGCCCGCUCCUGGCUGCAAGCGCGAAGGGAGGGAGGCGAGGAGAAAGCUGGAAAGUGUCCAGCCCUCUCAGGAGCUUGCACGUUCCCUGUGCCAGUGGGACACACGUGUUGUUUCCCAGCGGGAUGUUUUUAUUCCCGAGUGACGUGUUGCCUUGCACUGCGCUGCACCUGCUAAUCGCUAGUGGUAAAGGUCGGGGGUGGACCAAACCUCUUCAGAUAAGUGAAGGGGCAGGAGCUUUAGCACGUCGGCGAGCAGCAUUUACACCUUAAUGUGAAUAGCGAAUUUUUAAAAGGUCCUGGUGUAGCUAACUUUUACACUACCACCUCAGACUUACAAACCCCUCGGGAGCGGAGGUGGUUCCUAACUCUGAAAUGUUCCUAACUCUGAACAAACCGUUAUGGUGGUUCUUUCAAAAGCUUACAACUGAAUAUUGACUUAAUACGGCUCUGAAACUUUAUUACAUAGAAGAAAAGUGCUGCUUUCCCUUUAUUUUUUAGUAGUUCACGUUUAAGACGGUACUGUACUGUGUUUGCUUUUUUUUCUCUUCUUUUUUUUUUUAAUCUCUGCUGCUGCCUGGUUGCGUACUUCCGGUGCCAAAUGCAGCGUGUCCUUGACUAGUCAGUUCGUAACACUGGUACUCCAAGGUUCUACUGUAAUAACUUGCCACUGAUCAUGCUCUGAUUCUUAUAUGCCUAAACUGAUUGUGUAAUUAAGCAACCUCUAAAUAGGUGGAGAACGCUGUAGGUAAUAAUCAGCAAUUUUCUCAGGGGGAAUCUGCUGACAAAUUAGUAUGUUGCAUAACAUCUUGAAUCCCUGCUGUUGCUUUCAGUUUUGCCAGAGUUCUCCAGGUGCAUUCUUUAAAACUAACAAACUUUUGAUUAAUAUUAAAAGAGUGGCUUUUUUUGAGUUAUUUUAAGUUCUGUAAAGAGAUGUAAAAAACUUUUUUAUCACUUAAGUAUGAAGUGGUUUGUCACAUACGCACCCUUGCUUUAAGGCUUUCUCUUUUAGGAAAAUUCCCACAGUCCAUUAAUUCUCGGCUCCACAACACAAUAGCAUCGAUAGUUAUACAAGUUAAAAUAAGUGAGGUACUGAAAUAAUUUGUGAUCUGAAGAUUCAUUGCUUGUAGGGGUAUAGAAAGCAUUUCUUCCCCUGCCCCUAAUGCAUAGCAUAGCACAAUUGUUUGGGGUGCAUUUAAGGGGCUUUGUCUUGAAGAAACCAGUUUUGGCCAUUGCUGGUGGUCAGAUACCAGAUCAGAUGGAGUCAGUGGUCUGAUCUUAUUCCCAUCUAGGGAGUGGUUGCUUUUUCACACUGACUUCAAAUAAAUCACGAUUUGAGGACUUCAAUAGCUCAGACAUAGGUGACAAGUUUUUCGCAGGAGUGGGUGAGUGAGAUUCUGUGACCUGCGUUGUGGGGGGGGGUCGGACUAGAUGAUCAUAAUGGUCCUUUCUGACCUUAAUAACUAUGAAUCUAUAAUUGUACUGGGAAUGAAUCCUUAAUUCUGAUGUACAUGUCACAGUGGGACUGCCUUCAGGCUUUUCCCAUCUGAUUUUCUUUAACAUCUUUUAAAACCAGUGGAGCAGGGGAGAGGAAAUCUCUCAGCUGAACAAAUGCUAGUCAACUCUCAUAUUGCAAAUAAAGUUUUAAAACUGAAAAUAAAUAAUCCACCUCACCCUUGUAAUAUUAACUGACAUCACAUUUAUACCAUCUCAGCGCUGCAUUCUGCACCACAGAGAUCUGUACUUUAAUCAGAAAAUAUUAUAUGUUAAAGCAUUAGUUUCACUACUAUUCAAUAUUAAGCUCCACCUGUGCUUUCUGCAGAACGAGUAAAAUCUUUCUGGCAAAAGGAAUAACUGAAAAAAUUAAUGAUCUUUAGAAAUCCUGUAUGGGUAUCAAUAUUAUUUUGUUAUGAGUUUCGGGCAGAGGUAACCUGGAGUUAGCCAGAUAUAAUAAGUCACAAAAGUAAUUCUUUCUUUUACUUGCCUGUGAUAUAUCCUAGAGCUAGGUUACAAGAUUUCAUUUAAAACAACUCAUGAUUUGUGUGAGACUGUUCUUCCUGUAGGGGGAAAAAAUGAUCUGAAAAAAGGGUUUGAUGUUCUGUGAGUGAGUUUUACCCUAAAGAUGUCCUUGGAAGAAAGGCUAUAGACGUGCAAAAUAUCCUCUGCCUAUGGCCAUGAGCCUGGAGUUCUGGGUCACCCUUCUGCCAAUCAUGGUACUACCUGGAGAGAGUAAUGGUCUCCCUUUUGAGAAAAUGAAUUUAAGGGCUUAUGUGAGUCCAGUGACAUCUUCAUAUCUUCGGAAUGGGUGAAACUUCAAAAACACAAGCCUGGGAGGCCACUGUGCAUUUCUGAGACAUGAGCCGUGUGCUGCAGUGUGCUAUAUUUACUGUGCUCAUGGGACUGUUGCUCACAAGAACCAUGGCCUGGACUUCAAGUGGGAAAACACAUGCUGAGCUACUCAACAACCUUUACAAAAAUGGAGUGAUUAAAUCUCAACGGGUCUUGGAUGUGUUAAUGGCCACAGAUAGAGCCCACUACGCCAAGUAUUUCCCAUACAUGGAUUCUCCUCAGUCAAUAGGAUAUAAGGCUACAAUCAGUGCACCCCAUAUGCAUGCCCAUGCUCUGGAGUUGCUGAAGGAUCAGCUAGUGGAAGGAGCAAAGGCCCUGGAUGUGGGAUCAGGAAGUGGUUACCUAACAGCUUGCUUUGCUAGAAUGGUGGGUCCCGCAGGGAAGGCAGUAGGCAUAGAACAUAUUGAAGAGCUGGUCCGUGAAUCCAUUAGAAAUGUGAGAGAAGAUGAUCCAACUCUGCUCACUUCUGGACGUGUGAAAUUUCUGGUUGGAGAUGGCAGGCAGGGAUACCCUGAAGAAGCACCUUAUGAUGCCAUCCAUGUUGGAGCAGCAGCAGACACUGUACCAAAGGAGUUGCUGAAAGAGUUGAAGCCAGGUGGCCGGUUGAUUUUGCCAGUUGGGCCUGCAGGUGCAAACCAGGUUCUGAUGCAGUAUGACAAAACCAGUGAUGGGAAAAUCGUGGAAACGCAACUGAUGGGUGUGAUCUAUGUUCCCCUGACAGAUAAGGAGAAGCAGUGGCCUCGGGAUGAAGUCUGACAGAAUAUCAUUUACAAAAUCAUCUUGGAAAGCUCAUGAAACAGUUCCUGAAGAAACAACUAUAGAUGUAUAUGGCUUUGCUUUAUAAAUCAAUUUUUUUUAAACUUGGACACAUCACAGAGGCUUUUUUUUUUUUUUUAAAGAACUCAAUACGGAGGAGUGAAAAGAAUAUUCCUCCAGAUCAAUCAGCACCCAGUUCCUAAGCUGUGGAGAUUUUGUCUGAUUUCUUCCUGAACUGAGUAAAACCAGAUAAGCCCAGUUAUCCUCUUUGGUCGGCUCCACAUACAAUAUCUAUGUAAAUAGAGAAUGGAGAGUGUGCAAUACUGUUACAGAUUUGAGAAUUCAUUUGUAUUGUACUUGAUUAAAUGGUAGUGCAUUAUAUUCA